AUGGGUCAGAGUCAGCGAGAAAGCAAUCAACCGAGCGCCUCAAACAGCGGCGACGGUUACGGUCAACAGUCGCAAGGUGGUGGCUAUUAUCCAUCACCAAUGAACAAUCCAGGAGGUGGAUAUAACCCUCAACAAGGUGGUUAUUCAGGCCAGCAUGGUGGACAGUCUGGCUAUCCCGGUCAAGCCAGCGGUUAUCCCGGUCAGAGCGGCGCUUAUCCCGGUCAAGGCGGCGGAUAUCCCGGCCAAGCCGGCGGAUAUCCCGGUCAAGCCGGCGGAUAUCCUGGUCAAGCUGGCGGUUAUCCCGGUCAAGGCGGCGGGUAUCCCGGUCAAGCCGGCGGAUAUCCCGGCCAAGCCGGCGGUCAUCCUGGUCAAGGCAGCGGAUAUCCCGGUCAAGGCGGUGGAUAUCCCGGUCAAGCCGGCGGAUAUCCCGGUCAAGGCGGCGGAUAUCCCAGCCAAGCCGGCGGUUAUCCCGGUCAAGGCGGCGGUUAUCCCAACCAAACUGGUUACUCGGGACAAAGUGGCUACCCACCGCAAAACGAUCAUCCCGGUGGACAAAGUGCUCCGCAAAUAGGUUUCAAUAUACCAAAUCGGCCACCAUAUUCUGACAAAUCAUCCAAACCAUAUUCCAGUCAAAAUUCUCAACCACCUUAUCCCACUCACCAGCCUCAAUUCCCAUAUCCCAGCGCAUUACCAAAUAAUCAGCCUUCCCAUCCAGGUCAAAAUACGGGUGCUGGUGGAUAUCAUCCAGGAUUCGGUCAAGGAUUUGCUCCAGCUGGCUAUCCGAAUGCUGGACCACCGCACUACAAUCCGAAUGCCCCUCCAGAUGCUGCAUAUAAUUCAAAUAAUGCAGGUGUGAGUAUUCAGAUUCGAUUGGAGUAG